GACGCGUUUUCAAUUUAUACCAUCUCAAGCCUUUCCCCUUCUUGGCAUUAAUGACGAUUAUUCAAGAUUAAACCAACGGCGAGAACUCUGGCGUAAGGAAACGAUUCCUCACCGCCGAUAUGGAGGCUUCAGAUGGUACUACUACUGAUGUAGUGCAUCCCGAGGUUCGGGCGCACAUCAACAGUCUUGUCUCAGCUCUUGGUGGUUUCAGCGCCGACGAUGAUGGAAGAUAUGUGCUUGGAGACUCCGCCUUGGAGGUUUUACGUGAUAUCAAGAAAUGGAUUCGCUUCUACGACGAGAAAACGAACCGAAUGGACGUUGCGCGAUGCUUGGCCGAGGCGAACAUAAUCGAUGGCGAUUUGCUACAUAUUAUUGCUACUUGGUCCGAAAAUGAGACAAACAACAAAUUCAGAGCGAGAGCAGCUCUGGCAUGCUUUGAGAUUAUGGUUCCCUUAACUUGGCCGCUGGAGCGGGAUCUCGACCAGAUGACCAUCAACCAUCAUCGACAUCUACCGGUGCUACAGCUUGCCCAGGUCGGUUAUAAGCGUUCUAUAAUAAACUUCGAUGCCGCCCAGAUCCUUCACACCGCCGUACGAGUUGCAUUGCCUUCGAUGGCCUUGUCCCGUAGCGAUCGAUCUAGUCGCGAUGAAGGCAUUAUUAAGCUAAUCUUAUUAUUCCUGCGCAAUGUUGCUAUGAUCGCACCGCCCCCUGGAGUUAAGUACGAUGAUGACGAAUCUCAAAUCUCGCGGUCGGCUUUGAUUGAUGCGUUUUCAUACCAAGACAUUCUACUAACCCUCCUCACUAUUGCCUCUAAUAUGGAAGAGGAUUUUAAUCAGGAAGGCAUUAUUGUGAUGGAGAUUAUCUUCCAUCUAGUCAAGCGUGUUGACGUUUCUAAGCUGUUUAUGGACGAGAAGCAGCUUAGCAAGACACAGGCGAACGAACUUACAGCUAUGAUGAAUAAAGAGGCUGCAAUGCAUCGGCCUUAUAACCGAAAGGCUCCGUCCAGGCACAAUCGAUGGGGGACUAUGGUCUGGGUGGACCGAGGUGACGGUAAAGUUUCAACUGUCAGUGGCCAGGAUGCUUUACUGGAUGCGGCGAGGAGACAGCAUAAGAUGGACAACAGCAAGGUAUAUCGGCCCCCACGGAGACCGAGAAAGGAGGAAAUGGAGCCCAAGGACUUGGGUCCUCCCGUAUCGCUAAACGCUAGAGCGCGACAGCAACUCAAAGGUUUCGUUGAGGAAUUUCUGGAUUCAGGCUUCAACCCACUUUUCCAGCAUGUCCGGAAAAAGAUUGAUGAGCAAAAGGAAUACGUUUUCGAAUAUCAUUCGCGCCAAUUCUUCUACCUAGUAUCCUGGUUUCUAGAAGCUGAAAGAGCACGGAAGAAGGCUGCGAAAGAUCGCAAGUCAACUAGCGCCGAGGAUAUCAGUUCAUUCAACCUGGUCGCUGGCGUACUUAACCAACAUAUGUUUAUCACAUUGAAUAGGGCCAUCGGUGAUUCGUUAGAGAGCAAGCGUUGGCAAGAGUUAUGCGCUGCUAUGCGAUGCUUCACUCAGAUUCUUUUGACAGUUCAAGAGAUGUCAGAAUCAGGGAACGAGGAAGACGAAGAGAUUGCAGAGAACAUUCUUAGCCGCAUUUUCUACGAAGAAGAGACGCAUGACAGAAUAGCGAAUAUCGCAAGGAACUAUAAGGACCAGGGUUUCGAGUAUCUCGAUGCCUCCACCGAGCUUACACAUACCUACCUUCGCGUUCUAGAAGCGUAUUCGAAACAAAACGUGGAUAUGCAAGUACGAUCGAGACGGCGAGUGCGAAAGAAGAAGAAGGCCGCGAAAGCCGCUGGAGAGGAUGAAGAAAAUCCAAUAGAAGAGGAAGAUGAUUCUGAGAACGACCAGGCGAAUGCGGAGCGAACGUCAAGCGAGCGGAAAUUCGACUUCAGCCGCUUUGCAAAUCGGUUUACCCCCCAAGGUGUGGUGGAUACGUUUGUACAAUUCACGAGGUACUACCCGGAUCUAAAUGAUUCCCAGCUGAAGCGAGCGCAUCGCUAUUUUUACCGCAUAGCCUUUAAGCAGAACAUGAGCGUCAUGCUCUUCCGAAUCGAUAUCAUACAGCUAUUUUACAGUAUGAUCAAGGGCCAAGAACCUCUGGAUAAGAGUUGCGCAAUGUACAAGGAAUGGGAGGAAUUAGUGAAGCAGAUCCUUAAGAAAUGCAUCCGCAAGAUCGAGGAGCGGCCCCAGUUGAUCAUCGAAAUGCUGUUUUCUAAAAUUAAUGCUACAGCGCACUACCUGGAGUAUGGUUAUGAGAAACAGACCCUCUCUACGUCACAGCCGAGACCAGGGGCCGAAUUAGAAUUCCGCCAUAUCGUGGAUCGAGAGCAGCAAAUUGCGAUCGCUGUCGGUGUUCUCUUAGAUAAAAACUUGGCUGACCACAUCACCUGGGUUAAGGACCAGCUAUCCUCAGCGGAAAGCGAGAAGCGGGCCUGGGAAGCAGCUGACAAGGCAAUGACUUCAAUAGAAGGCGGCGAGAAAGAAGGAGAGGAGCAACAGGAGGGUGACGAGAAUCGUCCUAAGGAAUCACCUCCUAUUUCCAUACGCCCGGAUAGCGAUGCGCGCCGCACCGCUAUGUUCAAGAAUUCUCAUCUUAGACUUCUUAUGAAGUUAGUUGGUUUUGAACGGCUCGUCCCAGGUGCGGACGAGACGCCCGAGUCUACCUGGGUUAUCCCGAUACACGUGACAGCCGAUCAGAUACAAGAAUCUCUGGAUUUGAUCAAGAAGGCUGAAUUCAAUCCACCAACCUUCGAUGAUGGCAAACUAGCGGAGGACCAAUUAAGGAGGAAAGCUGCAGUGCGGAAAAAGGCAGUUUUCGACGACGAUGACGAUGGGAUCGCUGAUGACGACGAAAUCCUGUUCCCGGCGGGUGGCCCGACGGCAAGAAAGGUAGCAGAUGAAUUCUUAGACAAGCCAAAGAAGACGCGGCGACGCCGCCGACGAGGUAGCGACACGGAAGAGCUUAGCGAGGAACUGCUAGAGGAGAAAGCGCGAGCUCGCAAGGAGCGCGAAAAAGCCAAGGCCCGACGGUUCAAGAGCGACUUAUACGUACACGCGAGUGACGACGAAUCAGACGACGACGGGGAGCGGUGGGCCGAAUUCUACGCCAACGAAGCGCGCAUCCGGCAGCGACAGAACGCCGCGGCCGCACACAGCGCGGUUGCGGUCACGACGUCCGCCGCCCCGAAGCAGGUGGAAAAGCGCAAGGUGCGGGAGCUACUGGAGGACGAUAGCGAUAACGAUGAUGAUCUCAUCUUGCCGCAGGGGUCGGAGGACGAAGACGAAGAAGACGAAGAUGGAGAUGGGGGCGAAAGGAAAGGUCACGGCGCAUCGGGGACGGACGAUACGCCGCUGUCAUCGAGUCCACAAGCGGGCUCGGUAUCGAGCGCGAAGAGGAGGCGGUUGUCGAAGGAGCCGCCUAGUUCGGCUCCGGCCGCCACUGCUGACGGAGAUACCGAGAUGGCAGAUGCGGACGAUGAUGAUGUACCCGUUGCGAAAGCGCCUGUGAGGCGGCGGGCUAGGGCGGGGUUUAUUGUGGAUAGCAGUGAUGAAGAGUAAUGACUAAUUGGGAUAGGAAAGACUGCGUGCAUAAGGUAGUUGGCGUUUGGGUAUGGCUUAGCAUAGGCAGGCGAAGGCUGGGAUGUGUUAUGGACCACGCAUAAACAACAUCGGAGCAAGAUUAAUGAAUGGAACCUGAAUAUUCACUUCACAAUCACCCAUUUGAGGCGUUUAUUGGUUAUAAUGGUAUUAUUCACGAUAUUGUAAUCCGUACGUAGA